UACCACCCUCCCAAGCGAACGAUUUCGUUGCUUUUUGGAACGUUUUUUGACUAAGAUUUGACCGUCCAAACACGGUCAAAAAACAUUAAAAAUAGCAGACGGAUUUGACCAUUUGCUCUUCACAGGCUCUCACUCUCUUUUCCUUUGCAAAAAAAUGGUCAAAAAACGGUUACUUUAUUGACUGUAUUUGCAUGGGAGACGAACAGGCAUAUACAAGCAAAAAAAAGUAUAUAUGGUGUUGUUCCUUGUUUGGCUUGGUUUUGCUUUGUCGCCAACGCGUUUUUUUGGUGGUAUUUAUUUCAUGUUCGCUCUUGUUCUUCACACGUGUUUGUUCUUGUCGCUUUCUUCUAUGUGUAGGAUGGAUGAUUGCACCAGAGGAGACGUUUUGUGGCUUGGCUAGGGGGGAAGUGUGAGGUGUAUCGAUAUUGUGCGAAUUAGUUUGCGCGGGUUUUGUUCCAGGCGAGUGCAGACGCUUUUUUUUACAGGAGCUGUAGUAAAUAGGUAAAGUAAGAACGGGAAUAGAACUUGGUUAUGAUCGGAUUUACCUUGUUUGUUUGAUGUGUUUACGAUUUGAACCACCGAGGCUGUGUCGUAUGUGAUUGUUAUGAGAUAGGUUUUGUUCUAAGCUAUGCAUGUUGAGAAUUAUACCGUAUGUGUACCGUGUCUGUGAAAAGACGAUACAAUUUAAUGGAAAAAGCUUGCCAACUAUGCAUACCGUUUUGACAAUUUGUUUGUAGGAACCGAUAAUGCAAAUUAUUUUGCAUUAACAAAUAAGCGUUUCUUUGUUUGAUGUUUUAAAAGUAAUCGGGAAUCAUGUCUUAAGAAAAAAAUUAGCAAUUAUAUUCAGUUAAGCUCUAUUUUUUUUUUUAUUUUGCAUUGUCCUGUAUCAUUGGGACAUGUUUAAACGUGCACGCACAGCACAACUUGCUGCAAUUCGCGCGACAUGCCUCCAGAACGGAAAGUAGAGUAAAAAUUUACAGCGUUUAACUUGUUAAAUAUUUACUUUCUCACAAAAGCAGGCUCAGUUUUAGUAAAGUUAUCUCUUAAUUUGUAAUUUGAUAUGCAUGUAUAUAUCAAAAAUACGGUUGUUAUGGCUUAUGUAUAUAUUCAACAGCAAAAGUUCCUCUUCUCAUCUCAUUCCUCUUUUAAACACUCAAUCCACCCAACCGCAUGGAAAUUUCCAUAGAGUUCUUCUCGCUUUCCUCGGUUCCACUUACUCCUUCAUAACAUCCGAUCUGCAAAUAUCCUUACCCUGACCUCACGCAUGUAGGAAGGAGGAUAUCCUUACCCUGACCUCACGCAUGUAGGAAGGAGGAUAUCCUUACCCUGACCUCACGCAUGUAGGAAGGAGGAUAUCCUUACCCUGACCUCACGGAUGCAAGGAAGAACAAAAGAUUACCCUGGCCGAUCGUAACAAAUUCGCGAGUAUUGGGCUGUGUACGCAUCGGUCAGGGUGCAUAACUACUCAUGCUGACACUCCUUCGCAUUGCGGACUCCUUCGCACUGCUUAAAAAUUUCGCUAUUCCAAAAAGGAUAUAAAAAGGGGUUGCAACCCUAAUUAACGAGAGUUGUCUUAAAACCUUCGUACACAAGAGUUGUUGUAACCAUCGGAAAGUUCAGUUGCUAACCUAAGCUAUCAGUUACGCGUCACACAAGCAAAUAAAGUGUUAUAGUGAAAACCAAUUCAGAUUGCUUCAAUCAUUGUGUCGAAACAACAGUUGAAAAUCAUAACAUCAAACUUUGCAAAAGAUUCGAAAUGGAAACGACAAAUAAGGAGGACAUGUGGUGUGAGGACACCUACGAAGAAGUUGGUACAAACCAAGUUCCAACCAUUCAGUUUCCAAAUAUUCCAAACCUCCAAAUAAUCAAAAUAAUAGGGGAACCACAGCUCAAUUCCACGAACAAUAAAAAUAACCUUGCAGUCGACAUGCAACCAUGUAAUUCUUCUUGUCAUGCCAACACCGAGAAAUGCGCGAAUCGAGCAAUCCAACCAGAUGAAAUUUGCGGCAAUGAACAAACUAACAAAAGAGCAAAAUUGUCUUCAGAAGCAGAGAUUGCGGAGCUUAGAGCCAAAGUGGAUCGGUUAGAGAAAGAAAAUAAGUAUUUAAAGGAUCUUAUAGACAAUAAACUUGAUAUACUUAUUAGAAAUUCAGCCCGGCAUCGAGAAGCCGUAGAGGAGUUAGUCGCUGUAAGUUGUCCUAGGCAAGGUCUACUUUCUAGGAACGAAUUUGAGCUAGCCAAGCUUAAUACAAAAGAAGAAUUAGAUACCUUUGAGCAAUCGAUUAGCACUGACCCAUCAUUUAAAGAAAAUGUAGUUAGGUAUUUGCAGAGGCAAAUAACAGUCGCAGAUGUAGACAGUCGAUUACAUGAAGCGCUUGAUUUACUUUUUACUCGACCAUUUUUUGCCACAAUCAGUUGGACUGGAAAAAGUAAGCCGGGAUCAACGAAGAUAGAGUUCAGGAAGUGUGAAGGCAUACUUCUUCUGUUAAAAGAAAUAGGAAGUAAUGCGAGAGUUUUAGCAACUCCCAAAUACGUUGCAGAUUUUAUAAAAAUUCGUCUUAAGCACGCUCCGUCUCGAGCUAACCUUUCUCCUACCAAACACACUUCUCUUCAUAAAAAAAGAAAUUAAUUCAUUAAUCAUUAAGUACUUAUCAUGUAGACUACCACCGAAAUAAAUGAUAUCUCUCUGAAAAAUUAUUAUUAA